UAAGAUUUAGAUAAAAAUUAAGUUGGAUUAUAUCUUUGAUUUAUGUAAAAGAUCCAAACAUAGUGCAAAACCAUCUGAUAUUCUUAAACCAAUGGUAAGACUGUUACGUGAGCCUGAUAUAACAAGCUGUGUGCGGGUCGAGCCAGUCGGGCUGAAGCAAGACUGACACUGAUCUUGGCUUUCAGCGCUCCAAUUUUUUAAAGCGUAGUUACAGGCAGCUAUUACAAUGACGGGAAUGUAUCCAGAAGAAGAGGAGAUGAUCGAGGAUCGAUCUUGCGGCCGUGCUCAGUUUGGCUGCCUCUGUGGUACUUCCUCCUGCCGCCUGUGUUGCCGUCCAUGCCCCAGUGUGUUUGAGAGCACCUCAACACGGCUGGUCUACAUCUUCUACCUCAUGUUGAUUGUUGGUGUCAUGGCUAUCAUGAUGUCCAAGGAAGUCCAGGAAGAGAUCAUGGAAAAAUUCUCUGACCAUAAGAUACUGUGUUCCUGGAUUGGGGCUGGGGAAAACUGUGAAGCUGCUCUGGGCUAUGUUGCUGUCUAUAGAUUAGGAUUCGCUGUUUCAGCUUAUCACUUUCUUCUGAUGUUGAUUACGUGUGGGGUAUCAACCAGCAGAGAUUUCCGUGCUGGUGUACAUAAUGGAAUGUGGUUCUACAAGACUCUUUUGCUGUUAACAUUCUGCAUUGGAGCAUUCUUCAUCCCGGAUCCAAAUGAUUUAUUCAUAAAUGUGUGGAUGUACACAGCCAUGGCAGGUGCCGCCCUCUUCAUUGUGAUUCAGCUUCUAUUGUUGGUUUUUCUGUACCAUUCAUGGACGGAUAAGCUGAUGGCACGUGUAAACAAUGGAGGAUCUGCAUGCUGUUGGUAUGGAGUGGUAGCUGUGCCUGCAUCCAUCUUGGCAUACAGUGCAUGUGCCUGUUGUGUCAUUCUCCUGUACUAUUUCUUUGCAAUGGGAGAAGGAUGCAACCGAAACCACUGGUUUAUUAUCAUAAAUGCAGCAGCCUGUAUUUUGGCAUCAAUAAUUGCUGUUAUUAAAAAAGGACCAAAAGAUGUCCGUCUGAGACUUCUACAUUCUUCACUUGUGUCGAUGUAUGUCACAUACCUCACAUGGACAGCCAUAGGAAGUGCCCCACGCAAGUACCAGAAAACUACUGAUAAUGUCUGGAUUGGGCCUGGUUAUGAUAUCAACUCCCGAAUAGUCUUACCUGAGCAGGAAUACUAUUGUGGACCAAAUGAAGAUGAAGAGAGUUGGGGAGAUGAAGUCUUGCCUUAUGUAAGUUUGGCGAUAACAUUUGUAACUGUUAUGUAUUCUGCAAUUGGCUCAUCAACCCCAGAGAACUGUCAAGCCAUAGAAUUUCCCAGCUGCCCGGCUAAGCAGAAUGUUCAACGACACAAAGUAGAAGACAUCGGAGGUCAGAAGGUGGUUCGCAAUGAGGCUGAGGGCUUGGCUUAUAGCUAUUCUCUCUUCCAUGUCAUGUUAGGACUAGCGAAUCUAUAUAUAAUGAUGAGUUUAACAGCAUGGUACAUGCCUUCAUCUGCAACUCUGAUGACAUUUGGUCGUUCUUGGUCUGCUGUUUGGGUCAAGAUGAUCUCUUGUUGGGUUUGUCUUAUCAUUUUUGUAACAGUAACCAUCUUUCCUUCCAUGCUUCCUAGCAGCUCUGUUCGCAGUAACUCCAUAGGCAGUUUAAGGAAUGGUUAUCCAGGUAGUGGAUAUUUGGGUAGUUCACGCAGCCUGGAUGAUGAGGCAGCUGUGCCUCUGUCACCUAGCAAACCAACAGUUACCAUCCACCAGGAGACAACUGUGUGAGCUGAAACUGGAGGAAUGCUUUUAUUUAUUGAGUUACAUAGUAUAAUUUAUUUGUUUGUUGAUCUAUGAUAAAUUUGUAUCUGUUUUGUUAAUUUUCUUAUGAAUUGGUAAAAAGUUGAAUACUGAUAAAUGGAUAUUGCAUUUUCAAGUGAUCUGAGAUACAUUUAAGUUCUUGAUGCACUCUAAUGACUCCUUUCGAUUGCCAUGGUUCAGACCUUUGAGUUUUAUAGAAGCUUCUGAGUGGUUAAGGUUCAGUACCUUUUUAAUAUUUCACGCAUAAGACAGGACAAAACUUUGCAGAAUCUCUAAAAGAUUAUUAUUAGAUCUGAACCUAAUGUGAGUUUUAAUAAGAUCUUGUGGUUUUUAUUUUAUAGUAAGUAACAGUACAGAGGAGAAGCCAUAGAAUCAGGUGUGCAUAAUUGCAGCCUUUGCUGUAAAUUCCUGAGAAAAGUUACAAUAAGCUCACUGGAAGUAAGUAAAUGUUACUUUUGCUUAUUGUAACUGAGACAAACAGCCAAAGAAAUGUUUCAGAUUAGCUUUAAGGAGGGAAGUGUAAGACUAAUAGUACUCAGAAUCUUAGCUUAGAUGCCUUACUAAUUUAUAAUUGGCACUGAUCAUAAACUCAUCUAGGGAUGUGUCAGUAGAUUAAUUUUUUUUUCAUUUUACUUUGAAGUGGUAUUUUAUUUACCUGGUUUGAAAAGUACUUACUGUUUUUUGUGUGAAUAGUAAGACAACCUGUUUGACAGCAAGGUCACAAUGAUAUGUUAUGUAUUUGUUUAGCAUUUAUUAAUUCCAGUUGCAAGAGUAUUUUGAAUAAUUGGAAAAUUCAACUAAACUUUUACUCUUGAUAGACCUUUUUUUAAGGUAUUAUUGUUACUGUGAAAAGUUGUUUAUUUUGAUUACCUAUUUACUUUUAACCCAUUAACGCCGGUAUAUUUUGAAGCCGAAAAUAAAAGAUUCCGGGCAGCUACAAAAUUGGCGUGCGGGACUGGCCCGGACUCUGCCCACGUCAGAGCGCGAGCCCCAAUACAGCGUCAUACUGGUGGGACGCCCGGAAAUUUGUAUUUUUUCGGGUGUCUCAUAUAUGGGACACCCGUCAUUAGUGGGUUAAUGGACUUAAUUAAUCCACUAAACUGUGUCAAGAAAGUAGCUGUGACCUUUGCUUAUGCAUUUUAUUUAGUUGAUUAUAUAUGUAGGAAACACAUAAUUUUUUUUUUUCACAAUGAAGAUUUUCUUUAAGCUUGAGAUUCACUGCAUCUCAGUUGGAUAUCAAACUUUUAACUAAUUUUUGUUUAGACUUUAAUUAAAACAGAGUGUGAAACUUCAGCAGACCAUUUUGUGUUCAUGUGAUACUGCAGUAAAACAUAAAUGCUGCCAUAAAAAGACAUGUGCCUAAUUAAUGAUAUAUUUUUAAUCUUAGUAUAGAUUUUACACAGUUACUUUGCUUGCUUUCUUGGCUUGAGAUUGAGAUAGCAUGUUAACAUAAUAGAACACGUUCGGAGACAUUCAAAGAUCAAAGAUGACAAACAUACAUGCACAUGUAUCCCCCCCUCCACACACACACAGGGUGAACUCCCUGCCCUAGCUACUUAUGUACACAUAUACACUACCCAUCACUCAGAGUGCCUACUUAUACUUGCAUGUUGGAUUAUAUAUUUCAAUUGAAUAGCUUGAUAGAAAGAAACUGACUACAGUGUGUUGCUGCAUAGUGUUACAUCUCUGAAGCUAUUAGUAGAAUCAUUCUUCAUUCUUACUUUCAUGCAAUGUACAUAGUUUUGGUAUCAUUGAGGGUUUUGGGAGGGGGUCACACAGUAGGUACAUGAAAGAAAUUCAGGUCAGUCACACAUCAAUCAAUCACGCUUACUAACACACUGACCCAAUUGUCUCGCUCUACAUGGGUAUAGGGGAGAUGAGUAAAGUUCCCAAGUAGUCAGUUUCUCUCUGACAAUCUAUUCAGCUGAUGGGUAGUGUAGACACAUAGAUGAUUUAUGCUAUACGAGUACAAGUUGUAAAUAAGAUAUUCAAAGGAAGAACAGGCAAGCUUGCACACACACACACACACACACACACACACACACACACACACACACACACACAACACACACACACACACACACACACACACUCUCUCUCU